GCCUGCGCACUCACAGGCCUUUUACGACGCCAUCAAGAAGUUCCGCUGACCCUCCCGCAGCACAGUUCCGGUUGAGACCUUUCCCCGCCCGAGAACUUUCUCCGGCGCGCUCGGGCCUCGUCUUUUUUCGGUGCGUCCGGAGCAGCGUUCCCGGGACUGCAUCAUGGAGGCGCGUUUCACACGCGGGAAGUCGGCGCUGCUAGAGCGUGCACUGGUGCGGCCCCGCACCGAGGUGAGCCUGAGCGCCUUUGCCCUUCUCUUCUCCGAGCUGGUGCAGCACUGUCAGAGCCGUGUUUUCUCUGUGGCUGAGCUUCAGGCACGCUUGGCUGCCCUGGGCCGACAGGUGGGCGCCCGAGUCCUAGAUGCCCUGGUGGCCCGUGAGAAGGGUGCCCGGCGUGAGACUAAGGUGCUGGGCGCAUUGCUCUUCGUCAAGGGUGCGGUGUGGAAGGCACUGUUCGGCAAGGAGGCGGACAAGCUGGAGCAGGCCAAUGAUGACGCCCGCACUUUCUACAUCAUCGAGAGGGAGCCUCUCAUUAACACCUACAUCUCCGUGCCCAAGGAGAACAGCACACUGAACUGUGCCAGCUUCACAGCGGGCAUCGUGGAGGCUGUGCUCACGCACAGCGGCUUCCCUGCCAAGGUUACGGCGCACUGGCACAAGGGGACCACACUCAUGAUCAAAUUUGAAGAGGCUGUGAUUGCCCGAGAUCGGGCCCUGGAGGGACGCUGACUCCACAGGAGAUAAAGGACGAGCAGAUCCUGUUCCCAAGCUUGUGUUGUGUCUUGUGUAGGGGCGUCAGAUCUGCCCAUAUCCUGAUCCCGGUCCUGAGUCCCAGACUAAGGGAGUCCGAAGGCAAGCUUGUCAGGCAUAGAUGGAGAGUAAGGAAGUGGGCAAUGGCUGACUUGGCUUCUGGCUUUCAGUUAAAGUUGGAGGCUUGGAUGUACCGGGGAGAUAGGGCACUUACAGAAAUAUUGUUGGAACCUGCAGUCUGGAGAGGUGAGGGCAGGGAUAUGAGGUUAAGAGGGACUGGGACCUGGCAGACUGCCAGUGCUAUAGCCCAGUUUGUAGAGUGCCCUGGGUUUGAUUCCUUAUGCCACAUAAAAUGGGUACAGAUUGUAUUAUCCCAGCACUAGGAAGGUAGAGAGAGAAAGAUGGUAAGUUCAAGGCCAUCCUCUGCUACUUAGCAAGUUUGCGACCAGCUCUGGCAGCACAGCACUCUUUUAAGUGUCAGGCAGGUGUACUCUUCCUUUGAAACUGUUUUCCUCAAGUCUCCAUUUGUUCUAAAAAAAACCCCCCAAAAACCCCAAAAGUCAGGUAGUAAAGGAGAGGGUAUGGCUAUGUGCCUAAAAUAAAUGGAGAGUGGUUAUUCGCCCUUUAGACGUCGGCUACUCAAAGUGGCUUGUGGACUGUCGGCAUCAGUAUCAGCAUCAACACCAACGUCACCAUCCUCGUCCCACAUGCAGGAUCACUGGUCCACCCUAUCCUUCCCGGACCAGAAGUGUGUAUUCCAGCCCCUUUCUCAGAGGUCUCCCUGGGCAUCAGAGUCACCCAAGGGACCAAAAAACUCAGCUGGUUUCAGAACAGAACUGUAAGUUUCACCCCUACAGUCAGAUUCUGCAGUUUUGGGGUAUGCAUAAGAAUUUGUUUCUGGUACAUUCUGGAGAGCUGCUGGGUGCCCCAGGGAUCACACCAAGACCAGUGGCACACCAGCCUCUCAAAGGGGGAAGAGCCCAGAACCAUCUGGGUUUUAAGGUUAAUAUUUAAAAAGUUUGUUCUGAGACAGGGUUCUGUCCGCCCAGGCUGGCUUCAACCUUGCUGUAUAUUUAAGGAUGACUAUGAAUUCCCAACCCUUCUGACUCUACGUGAGGUUGAGUGUUUAACUUAGUGGCUUAUCACAUUUACUAUUUUACGCAGAGUCUGAAUUAUGUUUUCCUGGCUGACCUGGAGUGCACUAUGUAGACCAGGCUGGCCCUAUACUCAAGAGGUCUACCUCCCUAGUGCUGAGAUUAAAGUUGAGCACCACCA